GACACAAAACUUGAGUGCUGUGCCGCUCUUUCAUCGUGAGAGGAAGAUGGAAGGAGGAGGAGGAGGAGGAGGUGCCCACUACAACCCUAAAACCGUUGAAGAAGUCUUCCGAGAUUUCAAGGGCCGUCGUGCUGCCAUCCUCCGUGCUCUCACCACUGAUGUGGAAGAGUUUUUCAAGCAAUGCAACCCUGAGAAGGACAACCUUUGCUUGUAUGGCUUCCCGAAUGAAGUGUGGGAAGUUAACUUACCAGCUGAAGAAGUGCCUCCAGAACUCCCUGAACCUGCUCUCGGCAUCAACUUUGCUAGAGAUGGAAUGCAAGAAAAAGAAUGGAUUUCUCUUGUUGCUGUCCACAGUGAUGCGUGGUUGCUCGCUGUCUCCUUUUACUUCUGUUCAAGAUCUGGUUUCGAUAAAGCUGACAGGAAGCGCUUGUUCAACAUGAUAAACGAGGUUCCUACUGUAUUUGAAGUUGUAACUGGAAGUGCUAAAAAACAAACAGAUGAACAGCAGCCCUCUUCAGUAAAUAAAAAUGGCAACAGAUCCAAGUCAAAUUCAAAACUUAGAGAUUUAGAUGUCAAAAGCUCAAGGAAGAAGAUAGAGGUGGAUGAAGAGGAGGAUGAAGGAGUAGAGGAAGGUGAUGAUGAAGAGGAGGAACACGGUGAAACUCUAUGUGGAGCUUGUGGAGAAAACUAUGCUUCUGAAUUCUGGAUUUGCUGUGACAUGUGCGAGAAAUGGUUUCAUGGCAAGUGUGUGAAGAUCACUCCAGCUAGAGCUGAGCAUAUCAAGCAUUACAAGUGCCCUUCUUGCAGCAACAAAAGAGCUCGUCCUUGA